UGGAAUGCAAUUGAACAUCGUUCAGUUUGCUUUUUGCAUUUCAACGUUUACGUUGAAUUUGCCUGUGCUCUUUGUAUUUUGUUAAUAGUGUUGAACGUUUUGUUUUUUUUGUUUAUUUAAUGUUUAAUUUAUGAAAGAAUACAAAGUGAUUGAAAUCACAAACGCCUGCCCACCGAUUACAACUCAAAUGGCCGCAAUCUUGCGGACGAAUAAUGUGCGAAUUCAGUGCAAUGCGCAUGGAUGGGGGGAGCGGUGCAGGUGGAGCUGGAGGUGGCAGUGGCCUCUGUGCCUGUGCGCUGCAAUGCUGCUGCUCAUUUGCGGUGCGUCUUCUGCCGCCGCGACGGGAUCAGCGGACACGCGGUGCCAUGCAGACCAAUUCCAGUGCAGAAACGGAGGCUGCAUCUUACAGGCGAAGAUGUGCGACGGACGUAGCGACUGCACAGACAACUCGGAUGAAUUGGAAUGCGACUACAAGCUGUGCCGGCAGCCGCAUUGGUUCCCGUGUGCUCAGCCACACGGUGCCUGCCUGGCAGCGGAACUAAUGUGCAACGGCAUCGAGAAUUGUCCCGGUGGAGAGGAUGAACACCACUGUCCGGGACGCAUAAGCAGCUUCGGACAGCGCAACUGCAGCCAGUUUGAGUACAUGUGUCAGGAUCACAGCUGCAUACCGCUCGACUUUAUGUGCGACGGCAAACCACACUGUGAUGACAACUCGGAUGAACUGGCCGGAUGCAAGCAGUCAUCCGCCAGCUGCACUUCCGGUCACCUCUGCGCCAAUGGACGCUGCCUGCAGCGGAAACAAUGGCUUUGUGAUGGCGUCGAUGACUGUGGCGAUAACAGCGAUGAACGUGACUGCGCGAACCUCUGCCAACCGUCGUUGGGAAAAUUCAUGUGUCGCAAUCAUGUCAACUGCCUGGAUUUGUCCAAGGUGUGCGAUGGCACCUCCGACUGCUCCGAUGGCAGCGAUGAGAGCGAGAGUUGCCAUUCGAAGCCCGAUUGCAGCGCUAAACAGUGUCCACCGGGUGCCACUUGCCACAUGAUGCCAACAAGUGGACCCGAAUGCUAUUGUCCGUCCGGAUUUCGUUUGGUCAACUAUCAGAACAAGUGCGAGGACAUUAACGAGUGCCAGGAGCGGGACGAUCUAUGCAGUCAGCUGUGUGAAAACACUUCGGGCGGAUUUCGCUGUGCCUGCGAUGCGGGCUACGAGCUGGACACGAUCAACAAUCGGACAUGUCAUGCCAUAGACAGUGGGACAAAGCAGCGAGCGUUGUUGUUGUACACCACCCAAGUGGCUGUGGUGGGCAUGCAUCUGCAAUCACAUCUGCAAUCCCAUCCCCAAUCCCAUCAACGUAAUCACAUCUUCACCGUGGCCAGCAAUUUGAGCAAAGUGAUUGGUGUUGCCUACGAUGGGGACUACAUCUAUUGGACAAACAUACAGAACGAAGGGGAGAGCAUUGUGCGUGCUCAUGGAGAUGGUUCCAAUGCGGAAAUUCUGCUCACCUCCGGCCUGGAUGCACCCGAGGAUCUGGCUGUGGAUUGGCUGACGCACAACAUUUACUUUUCGGACAACAUAAUGCGUCACAUUGCCGUCUGCUCCAGUGAUGCCUUGACCUGUGUCGUCCUCGUCACCCAGGAUGUCCAUCAGCCGCGUGGCUUGGCACUGUGGCCACAGCGCGGUCAAAUGUUCUGGACAGAUUGGGGCAAUAAGCCAAUGAUAGCACGUGCCUCAAUGGACGGUACACGAUCUCGACCAAUUGUCAGCGACAAUAUCCAUUGGCCCAAUGGCAUUGCAUUGGAUAUGCACCAGGAGCGCAUCUAUUGGGUCGAUGCCAAGCUGGGCACCGUGGAGACGGCACGUCCAGAUGGCACCGCACGUCGCACAGUGCUCGACGGGAUGCUUAAGCAUCCGUAUGGCUUGGCCGUCUUUGAGGAUCAGUUGUAUUGGUCAGAUUGGGGCACCAAGAGUGUUCAUGCGUGCCACAAGUUCUCGGGGAAACAGCAUCGUGUAUUGGUGCGGGAUCGCAGCAUCUAUGCCGUCCAUGUCUAUCAUCCAUCGAAGCAGCCAAAGGUGCCACAUGCCUGUGAAACGGCACGUUGCACCCAUCUCUGUCUGCUGGCCGAACCAGAUGCCGGCGGAUUCAAUUGCGCCUGUCCGGAUGGCAUGCAAUUGUCGCCGGAUCAGCGACAGUGCCGCCAGACGGAGAAGAGGCAACGUCUCUACAUUGGACUGCGUCAGAUACUGCUGGAGAUUGAGCAUACGUCGUUUGGUCGCCACGUGGUCAGCUCGUCGCACAGUCUGUCGUGUCACAUCAGUGAGAUGGUCUACAACCAGGUGAAUGGAACACUUCUCAUUGCGGACAACAUACAGCGGGCGAUCUAUCAAUACGAUCCCCAUGAGUCCUCGCAGCGUCUCACUCGACUCACCUAUGGCAAUAUUGGCAACGUUAGCUCCUUGGCCUUUGAUCAUUUGGCCAACAAUCUGUACUGGGCGGACACAGAGCGACAUGUGAUUGAGCUGCUCUCCCUGCGCACGGGUCAACGUGCUCUGGUGCGUUUCUUUGCCGGCGAGGAGAUGCCCAUUGGGAUCAGUGUGAUGCCAGCGGAGGGUUUCAUGUUUGUCGCUCUCAAGGCGCGUCGACACACGCACAUUGAUCGACUGUCGCUCAGCGGAAUUGGCCCCCAAACGCACGUCUUUGAAGAUGAUCUGGGGGAUGAUGAUAUUAAGUUUGUGAGCGAUUAUGAAACGCAUACCUUGUAUUGGUCAGACAGCGAUGUUAAUCGCAUCAGUUACACCGACUAUCGGCAGACGCAUGAGCAGACAUUCAGUGGUCGAUUCCGACGACCCUACUCCCUGGCUCUGGUCGAGCAGGAUCUGUUCUGGACCGAGCUGGGUGCCCCGGCUAUCUUCUGGACGCACAAGAACAACAUGGGGCCACAUAAACGUAUCGAAAUCGAUACUAAUCACCGACUUGGACCCACCACGUACCUGACACCUCCAAGUCGCAUUCCUUUAGCGGCCAGCAGUCGCAUGAAUCCCGCAACAGGAACACAUCCUUGCCUGCAAUCGAAUGGCGGCUGUUCCCAUGUCUGUGUCAGUGCCGGACAAUAUGGCAGCGCAUGUUUGUGUCCCGCCGGUUUUGUGUAUCGGGAUGCCAACAAUCGCACCUGCACUGAAGCCUUGGACUGUGAGUUUCGUUGUCGCUCCUCCGGUGAAUGCCUCACCCUGGCUCAUCGUUGCAAUGGCCACAAGGACUGCGCCGAUGCCUCCGACGAAUCCAAUUGCGAUCCCUCCAAAGGCAUUAAACGCACCAAAGUCAAGUGCGGACUCUCCGAGUUCACCUGCCACGACGGAGAACUCUGUCUGGACAAGAGCAAGCGGUGCGACGGACACAACGAUUGCAAUGAUAGCUCCGACGAGCAACAUUGCGCUCAUUUCGACAGAACAAAACUGUGCCACGCCCACCAGCACGCCUGCGACAAUGGGGCGUGUGUGGACUACAGUCUGGUGUGCGAUGGCACCAAUGAUUGUGGCGACAACUCGGAUGAGCUGGAAUGCAGCGAAACAGCAGCGAAAUGUGGAGCAGGAAUGUUCCAGUGCAGCAGCGGAUCGUGCAUUGCCAGUGGCUGGGAAUGCGAUGGACGAAUCGAUUGCAGUGAUGCCUCCGAUGAGCAUGAGAAGUGCGGACAACGGCAGUGUCCGGAGCACAUGCAUCGCUGCCUCUUGGGCCAGUGUGUGGACAGGAGUUUGGUGUGUGAUGGCCACAAUGAUUGCGGUGAUCUCACCGAUGAGCUCAACUGUGAGCAACGUGGGGUCAAUGGGGUCAACAUCACAUGUGGCAGCUUGACAAAACCAAUGUACCAAUGUGCCAGCAAUCUGCAACUUUGCCUCGAUCCGAGCGUGCGUUGCAACGGCACCGCCGAGUGUCCACGUGGCGAGGAUGAGACCAACUGCGGUGACAUGUGCAGCCUCAAUGAGUUCCAGUGCCGCGAGAGCAAGGAGUGCAUCCGUCUCGACUUCCGUUGCGACAGCGAACGCGACUGCAGCGAUGGCAGCGAUGAGCUGAACUGUGAGCAUUUCCAGAAGAAUGCAACGCAUGACUCCCAGACGGCCUGGUCAGGUGGCAGACGCGCCUGCAAGCCGCAUCUGUUUGACUGUCACGAUGGCGAGUGCGUGGACAUGUCGCGGGUGUGCAACCACUUCCCCGACUGCAACAAUGGCAACGACGAGGGACCGCAGUGUGACACCGCCUGCACCAAGUCCAUCUGUCAGCACAAAUGCCGAGCGACUCCGGCGGGUGCCGUUUGUCACUGCCAUGAUGGCUAUCGCUUGGACACGGAUCAGCGCAGUUGCGUCGACAUUGACGAGUGCUUGGAGCAGCCGUGUGCCCAGAUCUGUGAGAAUACGCCGGGCAGCUAUCAGUGCCAAUGUCAUGCGGACUUUAUGUUGCGUCAGGAUCGCAGCAGUUGCAAGAGCAUCCAUGGUGCUGCCACCUACCUCUUUACCAGCUACAACGAGGUGCGUAAUCUCAGUGAGAACCCAACAAUGCUAUCGGUGGCUUGGUCAGCGAAUGAUACACGCAUCAGCGGAUUGGAUGUGGAUAUGCAGCGUCAUCUGGGCUAUUUCAGCAGCGAGGAGGAGCAUGUCAUCUAUCAAAUGGAUAUGCAGGAUCGCAGUCGCAUUGCAGCACUCUCAUUGCCAGCGCCCAGCAAGCUCUCGGUGGAGUGGACAACGGGCAAUGUGUAUGUGAUCAAUGGCAAUGCUCCGCAGCAGAUAAGUGUCUGCGAUUUUGGGGCCAAGAUGUGCGGACGCAUCCUGCAGUUGCAGAGUCACUUCACACUCAAAUCAAUUGCCGUGGACGCACAUCUGGCGAGGAUCUUCUAUGCGGCUGUGCGCACCGAAAGCUUUGGCCAACCGCUGACGGAGCUGCACAUGGCCCGGCUGGAUGGCAGUCGACGGGAGCUGUUGGUGCGCAUGGAGAGCAGCUAUGUGACGGCAAUUGCCGUUGAUCCGCACCAGCAGCUGCUCUACUUUGUCGAUCUGCACAGUCAUUCGCUGGCCAUGAUCAGCUACAGGGUGCGCGAUAGUCGAAUCCGUGUGCUGCUCCAGAAGAGCACCUCGUUGAUGCAACCGACGGGCCUGAGCAUCUAUGAGAAUCAUGCGUAUAUUGUCAAUAUGGGUGAAAAAGAUCUGGUGCGUUGUCGCCUCUACAAUCAGCUCAGUUGCACCGCCAUCCAUCUGAGUGUGAUGAAUGCCCAGGAUAUUGUUGUCGCGGGGCAAUCACGUCAACCGCCGGCUUCAACGAAUCCCUGCCUGCAUGCCCACUGCUCGGGGAUGUGUGUCCUGGCCAACUAUGGCUAUGAGUGCAUGUGUGGCAAUGAGAUUGUCGCCGAGCUGCAGCAGUGUCCCCAUGGCACCACCAAUGAGCUGCACUUCAGUGAACUGAGCUCGGACAACGAUGAUGAGGGCAGCAGUGGAUUCCAUUGGUGGCUCUUCAUCCUGCUGCUUGUUGUGGCAGCUAUUGUGGCAGCAUUAGGCAUUGGGUACUAUCAGUAUCGGCAACGGGGUCAUCGCGAUCUCAACAUUAACCUGCAUUUCCAGAAUCCUCUGGCAACACAUGGCGGCAAAUCGAUCACGGAAUCCAACAGUGCCAACGAACUGGAUGGCAUCAGUAGCAGCAGCGGGUCAACAACCAGACGAUGCAGCACGGUCACCACAGCUGCCUCAUACACCACGGAGCGGGAAACACUUCAAUUUGGUGUCCCCACAAUUCUACAGAAAUUAUUGCGACAGAAGCACACGCAAAACAACGAACUGGCUACGGAGAUGUCGUUCGAAAACGCAAGAGCGAGCGAAUUACAGUCGAUGGACAAUGAACGGAGAGACAGCAGCAGAGUCCCAAACAUCGUGGUGGCACCUCCUGGCGAUGAUGCCACCUCGCCCGGAUACUACGGCGGAAAUUACGGAAGCGAUGAUGUGCUUGAACGACUUGUGCCAUAGAUAGCAGAGCAAUAUUCUCAUACAACUAUUACAUGUUCAUUCGUAUCUAGUUUAUAUAUAUUUACAUAUUUAUUGUUAGGCUUAUAUAUGUAUGUUUUUCCGUAUGUAUUUUCAUGGUGGGGGCAAUUGCUGUUCAAUAUAUUGAUAUUAUUAUGAAUAAUUAUACUCGUAAUGGUCAAAACAUAAAUUCAAC